AUGACGCUUGGCUCAGGAGGAUCCAGUGUCGUGGUUCCAAGGAACUUCAGAUUGCUGGAGGAACUUGAACGGGGUGAAAAAGGUAUUGGUGAUGGCACAGUUAGCUAUGGAAUGGAUGACGGUGAUGACAUUUACAUGCGCUCUUGGACUGGUACCAUCAUUGGCCCCCAUAAUACUGUACAUGAAGGAAGAAUUUAUCAACUGAAGCUGUUUUGUGAUAAAGACUACCCAGAAAAGCCCCCAAGUGUUCGGUUUCAUUCACGAAUCAAUAUGACUUGUGUUAACCAUGAAACUGGCGUGGUAUCAGUUGAACCAAAGAAAUUUGGGCUUCUUGCAAAUUGGCAAAGAGAGUACAGCAUGGAGGAUAUACUGACCCAGCUGAAGAAAGAAAUGGCAGCUCCUCAUAACCGGAAGCUUGUCCAGCCUCCAGAAGGAACUUACUUUUAA